AUUCUCGACGAUGCCGUCCGAUAACUGGUGGAUGGCUAUUCGGUCGUGAAUUUCUCGUUAUCGCGAAUAGAGUCACACGCAUACCUACGUAAUUACUACUCGUUGUAAUUUAUAACUCACCUGACGCAAGCCUUGUUUUGAUUGCCAUAUCGCUUAUCGGCUCCAUCCUCCUCACCUACGACACACACGGCAAUUUAUCGUCUGUGAAAGUUCAUAAUUAGCUGUGUAGACAAUGAAGAAUUUUCUGUAACGCGCGAAAAGGAAGGGAAAAUAUUAUCGCGAUACGCGCGCACACGCAAAAGCGUGUUGCGGUGUGGGAUAUAUAUAUAUAUAUAUAUAUACGCAUAUAUAUAUAUAUAUCGUUGCUGAAGUCAACCGUUUUUUACGCGUAUGCUAAUUCUGUUUUGUUUUGGCGGCGUCGAUUUUAUGCGUCGUGGAAUUUUCGAUUACGCGCGUAAAAAAUAGCUGUUCCUCUGUCGGCUACUCUACCAGCCGAUUUUGGUAUAAUUAAUCAAAAUCCAACGCGUCACGUCUUACGACAGAGCUUCUUGCUUAUAUUUUUUAAAAUGCGAAAAACGACACCGAAUCGAAUCAUCGAAUUCGAACAGCCCUCGAGCUACUACCGACUAUCGCGAGAUGUCGCCAGGGUCUUUUCGCGGCGGCCGUUUUUCUGGCUACUGGUCGCGCGCAUCGUCGCCCGGUCUCCGCUGCCGUCGGAGUCGUCACCUGCGCGCUGCUAAUGGUGGACGGCCUGUCAUCGUCGUUUCGGUAACAUCAGCAGGUCAAAAUGUAUAAGGCUCGGGUGGUGUUUAAUGCCCUGACCCCUCUGGCUCCAAGGGUCUGUGGCGCCAAGAAGUUUGCAUCAUGGCUGGUGAGAAGCGACCCUCUGACAAGAACUAGUCAAGUUAUGGUUUCGGAGCCCCUUCGCCGGCACAACAGUCGUGCCGCUGCGGAACCUUUCCUCAAUGGAAGCACCAGCUCCUACGUUGAGGAAAUGUACAAUGCAUGGCUCCAAGAUCCAAGCAGUGUGCACAUUUCAUGGGAUGCUUACUUCCGUAACAGUACAGCUGGAGCAUCACCAGCCUAUCAGGCACCCCCUUCGCUUUCUCCCAGUUACAACCAGGUUCCUCUUGGUGCCUUGUUGCCACUGGGUGGUGGAUCACAAAUUGGACAAGCACCUUUGAAUGAAAAGAUCAUUGACGACCAUCUUGCUGUGCAAGCCAUUAUUAGAUCUUAUCAGAUUCGUGGUCAUCAUAUUGCUAAAUUGGACCCACUGGGCAUCAACAGCGCUGAUCUCGAUGACCGGCAUCCACAAGAGUUGCUCUAUAAUUAUUACUCAUUUGGACCGAAUCCUCGUAUGACUUACGCUCAAGAUCAUCUAAAUCGAGUAGCCGCUCUUACACAAAAGGAAUCGGACAUGGAACGAGUGUUCAAGUUGCCAUCCACCACCUUCAUCGGCGGCAAAGAUAAGUCUCUGCCUCUGCGGGAAAUCCUGAAGAGGCUCGAGGCGACCUACUGUCAGCACAUCGGUGUCGAGUUUAUGUUCAUCAACUCUCUGGAGCAGUGCAACUGGAUCAGACAGAAGAUGGAGACACCUGGAGUCAUGGAGAUCGACAACGACGAGAAACGCUUGAUUCUGGCGCGUUUGUCGCGUGCUACCAUGUUCGAGGCGUUCUUGGCUCGCAAGUGGUCGUCCGAGAAGAGAUUCGGUCUGGAGGGUUGCGAGAUCUUGAUUCCGGCGAUGAAGCAGAUCAUCGACAAGUCGACGGAAUUGGGAGUCGAAUCCAUCGUCAUGGGAAUGCCGCAUAGAGGUCGGCUUAACGUCUUGGCCAACGUCUGCCGAAAACCAUUGAACCAGAUCUUCACACAGUUCGCUGCUCUCGAGGCCGCUGAUGACGGAUCCGGUGAUGUCAAAUACCAUCUGGGUACGUACAUCGAGCGUCUGAACCGUGUGACGAACAAGAACAUUCGCCUGGCUGUUGUCGCCAAUCCAUCUCACUUGGAAGCCGUCGAUCCUGUAGUCCAGGGCAAAACCCGUGCAGAGCAAUUCUACCGUGGAGACGGGGAAGGCAAAAAGGUCAUGUCUAUUCUUCUGCACGGUGAUGCUGCUUUCUGCGGCCAAGGCGUCGUUUUUGAAACGAUGCACUUGUCCGAUUUGCCGGACUACACGACUCACGGUACUAUCCACAUCGUCGUCAACAACCAGAUCGGUUUCACGACUGAUCCAAGGCAUUCGCGUUCGUCACCGUACUGUACAGAUGUUGCUCGUGUCGUGAAUGCUCCCAUCUUCCACGUAAACUCUGAUGAUCCGGAAGCCGUGAUGCACGUGUGCAAGAUUGCCGCCGAAUGGCGAUCGACCUUCCACAAGGAUGUUGUCAUCGACAUUGUGUCAUACAGGCGGAACGGCCACAAUGAGAUCGACGAGCCCAUGUUCACGCAACCUCUCAUGUACCGCAAGAUCAAGAAGACUCCACCUGCGAUUGAGCUGUAUGCCAAGAAACUUGUCUCUGAAGGUGUUGUCACGGAAGAGGAAGUCAAGCAAGUUCACGAGAAAUACGAUAAGAUCUGCGAGGAAGCUUACAGCAACGCGAAGCAGGAGACUCACAUCAAGUACAAGGAUUGGCUCGACUCUCCGUGGUCCGGCUUCUUCGAAGGAAAAGAUCCGCUGAAAUCUUCACCCACCGGUAUCAAAGAGGACACUCUGGUGCAUAUUGGAAGGAAAUUCUCAUCUCCUCCUCCAAAUGCGGCCGAGUUCGUCAUCCACAAAGGUAUCGAGCGUAUCCUGAAAGCUCGCAUGGAGAUGGUUGAGUCGCGACAGAUCGACUGGGCUCUUGGAGAGGCUAUGGCGUUUGGAUCAUUACUUAAGGAAGGCAUUCACGUGAGAUUAUCCGGUCAGGACGUCGAGAGAGGAACCUUCUCUCACAGACAUCACGUCCUGCACCAUCAGACCGUUGAUAAGGCGACCUACAGGCCGCUUUGCUAUCUUUACCCUGAUCAGGCUCCCUACACGGUCUGCAACAGUUCCUUGUCUGAAUACGGUGUUCUUGGCUUCGAAUUGGGUUACUCGAUGACAAAUCCCAACGCUUUGGUCAUCUGGGAAGCGCAGUUCGGUGACUUCAACAACACAGCUCAAUGCAUCAUUGAUCAGUUCAUCAGCAGCGGCCAAGCCAAGUGGGUGCGACAAUCUGGUCUCGUCAUGCUUCAGCCUCAUGGUCUUGAGGGCAUGGGACCUGAGCAUUCUAGCGCUCGUCUCGAAAGAUUCCUGCAAAUGUCGGCCGACGAUCCAGACUAUUUCCCACCUGAGAGCGAAGAAUUCGCCGUUCGACAGCUCCACGACAUCAACUGGAUCGUUGCUAACUGCAGUACACCAGCGAAUCUUUUCCACAUCCUACGCCGACAGAUCGCUUUGCCCUUCCGCAAGCCCUUGAUUCUUAUGACACCGAAAUCGUUGCUGCGUCAUCCUGAGGCCCGCUCGAGUUUCGAUUUGAUGACGGAAGGCACCGAGUUCCUCAGAAUCAUCCCAGAGGAAGGCGUUGCGGCUGAGAACCCCAACAAAGUCAAGAGGGUUCUGUUCUGCUCAGGAAAGGUCUACUACGACAUCAAGAAGGCUCGAUCGGAGAGGAAAUUGGAUGACACUGUUGCGAUCACCAGGGUGGAACAGAUCUCCCCAUUCCCCUACGAUCUGAUCAAGAAAGAAGUAGCUAAAUACCCGAACGCAGAGCUGGUUUGGACUCAGGAAGAACACAAAAACCAGGGAGCCUGGGCUUACGUUCAGCCUAGAUUCCAUACAGCUCUCAAUGGAACUCGACCUAUUUCGUACGCUGGCCGCCCCACGGCAGCGUCUCCAGCCACCGGCAGCAAAAUGCAGCAUCUCAGAGAAUUGAAACAACUUCUUGACGACUCCUUACACGUUUAAAUCUUCGUAGAUUUGUAUAAAAUAGAAUUUAUUUAUUUUCCUUCUUUACCCUAAUGUUGAUACGGUAAUCGCCCGCGCUAUAAAAUAUUUAAAUAAUUUCAAGCAACCUUCUUGUUUAAAUGAUUUUCAUAGCGCUUCGCAAUUAGCAUUACAAGCGGUGAGCUAGUAAUGUUGAAGCCAGUGCGAAAUUCAAAUUGACAGCAAUGAACACCAAAAAUUCAAAAGACUCUUUAGUUUUGUAACUAUAAGUAGUUGGAUAAUCGGCGUUAUUUAUAAACUUACUUUUGUUUGAAUCUUGUGUUUCGCGCUGGUCUUAAAAGCCGAGUGCUAAAAAAAGUAAUUGUAUUUUUCUGUUUAUAUGUCCUUGAAAAAAAAUUCGUGACAUGUAAUAAAACUACAUACUAAAGUAUUAUUUUAAACUUAAACGCUGAGCUUGUAAGAUGAAUGCGCUUAAGCGUGCACACGAUUCCGUACACUAGGAGAUUCUCCGCAUGACGUUGAACGCGAUGUUGAAGAGAUAGUUUUCUAUGAAAUAGAAAAUUAAGAACCACCAAUCGCUUCAAUUUUUUAUAGUCGCUCUGUUUUGUAAAAAGUUAAGCGAUUGGUCAAUCGUUGAGUGCUAUAAUUGCAUUAUGCCUAAAAAACGGUGGCUCAUUUGUAUGUAUAAUGUGACGGAGGAGGUGAUGAUAUUUGCAAUGUACGUUUUAAUAUUUAUUUACUUUGAGAAAAGGCUACUUCAUAUUGGACACUGCAUAGUCUGCAAAGACAGUAUUUCUCACUCACGAGUUCCUUGUUCUUAUAAGGGACUGCGUUAAGAGUUCAAUUCAUACUUCAGAAAACAAUUGCACCGAAUACAUAAAAAAUAAAUCAUCAUUGACAAAAAAAAAACUAAAAAAAGUGUAAAACAUGAAAAAAUAAUAACAAUGGCG